AUGGCCCCCGCCCGGAAUCCAGUGGUAGCCGGGCUGCAGUCUCCGUCUCCGUCUCCGGCCUCGUCCCCGGCACCGGCAUCGGUACCGGCGUCAGCUCUGGCUACGGGCUAUGAGUCGCCGUCAGAGGACCACCCUCCAUUCUUUUCCGCUGCGGCGACCCCCGCGACGGCUUCGGACGCAAGGCGUUCUGCUGUAAAGCGGCCUGCCCUCGCCCAACGGCCAUCAUACAUAACUGCCAUCGCUCCUGAGGAUGCUCAUGGCAACAAUCAACGACCAGCUCGGCUUUUGCAUCAUGGCUCUACCCUCACUUCGAAUAGCCUUAACCAUGUUAUGGCCACGGCGGAGAAGUCGCCAGACGGUCGCAAGGUCGGUCUCCGGGAUCGCAUCGCCUGCCAUAGAUGGACCUACUUUACCAUGACUAUGUCGACUGGAGGCAUUGCGAACAUCCUUCACUCACUUAAGUGGGAAGCGCCCUGGAUACGCGGCAUUGGCCUUUUCUUCUUCAUGCUCAACCUUACUUUAUUCUUAAUCAACCUUGUUCUUAUAUGUACCCGAUUUCACCUCCGGCCUGGGAGUUUUGUGAACUCCUUCACUGACCAAGUAGAAUCGCUCUUCAUAUCAGCUUCCCUGGUCUCUAUUGCUGUAAUCCUAAUCAACACCUGCCAGUAUGGCAUCCCAUAUGCUGGCCCAUGGCUCCUCAACACCAUGGAGUGGGUAUUCUGGGUCUACGCCGCCCUCAGCGUGUCUGUUAGCGCGUUUCUGUAUCUUAUUCUCUGGUCCACAUUAAUAUUUCCCGUGCACACAAUGACACCAACCUGGGUUUUCCCAGCAUAUCCUCUCCUCCUCAAUGCACCCUUUGCAGCAAAUCUCAUCGCCGCUGCGGGCUCGUCUGGCUAUGAACUAUCGGCGAACCCUGUAGCAAUGGCACUAGGGGCUGCUGCUAUUCAAGGAACUGGUUGUCUCAUUGCUUUUAUGAUAUCCUCUGCCUUUAUCUACCGUCUCAUGACGCAGAAACUCCCACGGGACAACCAGAGACCUGGCAUUUUCAUGUCAAUAGGUCCUUAUGGGUUUACGGCUGCUGGUAUAGCCCAACUUGGCAGCCAAGCAGACUUGCUUAUACCUCCUGAUUUCCUUGAUACGCCACACGUUGCCAGUAUCAUCAAGGUCGUCAGCGUUCUGGUCAGCCUCUGGCUCUGGGGUCUCGCCAUGUGGUUUUUCCUUAUCUGUGUCGGGGCGCUCUGGAAAUAUGCUCUUGCAGGGCACCACAUGCCGUUCCAGAUGACUUGGUGGUCUUUUGUGUUUCCUAACACGGCUCUUGUUACCGCCACGAGUGUUAUGGGUAACAUCUUUAACAGCAAUGGCCUACACAUUUUUGCCUCCGCCAUGACUGUCGCCAUCAUUUUAGUCUGGAUCACUAUAUUUGUACGGAUGUGUUGGAGUCUCAAAGUCGGGAAACUCCUCUGGCCCAAGGAUGAUGAGUAG